AUGUCUGAGCAAUCAUCAAUACCAUCCCGAGGAACAUACCAUACAACUGAACAACGAGAACAAGCAUCUCAGCAACAAGCAUUCCGACAACUGUUGCAACGAAUAAGACUCGUCAAUGGACAGAAUGCAUCCGCGUUAGCGGAAUUGAUAACAGCUAGAUUCUCGAAUCCAGCUGUAUAUCGAGAGACAAUGGAAGAUGUGCUUACAGAGGGAGUUCACGAAUUACUUGUACCAUCCUCAUCAUCAUCAUCAUCAUCAUCAUCAUCAACAUCCAUUCAGCAGCCACAUUUACCGCCAAUUUUUCAACAAACUCAACAAAGGAUGCAAGCAUCUCAGCAAAGGUAUUCUGAUGGAAAUCAAUAUGUCAUACAAUUACCUGUACAAACUAAUCAACAAUCUUUCGGAGUUUCUCAGCAGGCACAUGCAGGACAAUUGUUUCUGCAGGUACCACUGCAGCAACUAUAUGUGGUAAAUCCCGGAAACGCCAAUCCUCAGAUGUUUUUGCAAGUUCCUCAAUUACAAGCAAAUUCGAAUAUACCACCUUUGGAAUCUUCGAUAGAAUCUCAACAAUCACACCUGCAAAGAGCUGAAUCAUUAUUUCUACAACCAUCUCAACAGUCGGUGCAAAAUGUUCAACAACAGAAUCCACAAGGUAAUCAUUUACUCACCGAAUUAUCUCAGCAGACAAAUCAACACUUGCAAUCACAGCAAUCUUUAAACGGAUCUCAAUCUCAACAGCAACAUAUUCAGGGGAUUCAACACUCACUUCCACAGUUAUCACAACAAAUACCGAUAUUAUCACUGCAACAACCGUUUCAACAAACACAACCAUUAUUCGUUCAAGUUCUUCAACAAUCUUCAGCUAUACCGCAACAAUCAUAUCCACAACAGAAUCAGCAUCCACUCUUACAGGUACCUCAACAACCAGUGCAAUCGCUUCAGCAACCUCUCGUACAGCAAUCAACUCAGGUAUUCCAGCAAUCAAAUCAGACAACGCCUUCGUUUUUGUUAGGGUUACCUCAGGAAUCUGCCCAAAUUGUGCAGCAGAUACAAUCUAACCAACGUUCUACCUCAUUUGAAGAAUCAGCUUCUCGAAUCUUUCAACAAAUGCUCCGGCAAAUUUCUCGGCAAUCGAUGCUAGAAUCAAGGGAAACAAAUUCAGGAAGCUCAGAAAGUACUUCGUUACCCGCUCAAGUUACACAAAUGACUCAACAGCAGUCAAAUCAGCAACAAAUGAAUCAACAACUACAAGCGCAAACAGUUCCACGUACACAGCUUAUUAAUCGCGAAUCAGUGGGAGUACCUUCGGGAAUUUCACAUGCAUCAGUAUCACAAUCACAACCGCGUCAGCAGUCAUCGGAAACGGUUCAGCGUCCGCUUGAAAUACCAGACGUAUCGCUUUUUAGCUUGCCUCUGGAACACUUUAUGAGAGUCAUUCAACAAUGCCCAUACAGGCCAUCAGAUCAAGCAUCAUCAAUGCAAUCAAAUAGACAGUUACAUCUAAGAUCAUUUAUACAAUCACAUCAAGAAUCAUCUACACAAUUAAUUCGAGAAUCAUUUGUACAGUCAAGCCAACAAUCAUCAUCGCUGCGUCAAGAAUUAUCCACGCAAUUACCGCAAUCACUUUCUUCAGAAGAUCAUAUUCAAGUAUUACCGCCAGAAGUUGCUGCAUCAUCAAAUCAUAGUAGUACUGCGGCCGUACUAAAUGAUAGAGUUAAUGCACCAACUGUCAUAACUAAUAUCAAUGAAUUGCGGGAGAUAGUUCCGGAAGAUAGUCGUGAUGAUGAGGUAUUCAUCGAUGACGAAGGAAAUGAUAAUUCACUUUCAGAAACUAACACUUCAUCGAUAAUUGCGGUAUCAAGACCGAGAAAUUCAAGCGAAUCGCAAGAAACAAUAACUGAUAAUGAAUCCGGUAUUCCAGAAAGUAAUAAUAUAGCAUCAUUGUUACGAAAUCAGUUUUUAAAUCUCGAUGAGAUAAAUCGACUUUUGGAGAGUGCUACAAAUGAUGAUGAUGAUGAGGCGGUGGAACUAAGAGAUGAGUUUGAUCAGAUCUUUCAUGGCGAUAUAUUAGUGGCGCAAGAAAUGGCGAACUAUUUAGCCGAUCAAUUAGCAAAGAUUGAAAGUUAG